AUGGCGUUAAUUGUGGUGAUCAACAACAACACUGAACAAAAGGAAGAGAUUGCGUUCGCAAAAUACAUCAUAACAUCGGGAAUCACAUUAACCGCAGUGAGUAACUGCAUUAACAAAAACAACUACAACAUUAUCAACAACAAUAUUAUCAACAACAACAGCAACAAUAACAACAACCACAUCAACAGCAACAACUGCCACCGCAACCAAAGCAACAACAACAACAACAUUGACAACAACAACAACUGCCACAGCAACAACCGCAACAACAACAACAACAGUAACAACAACAACAACAGCCACAGCAUCCACAACAACAUCAACAACAACAUCUACAACAACAUCAACAACUUUUUUUCGGCCAUAAUUUUGGAAUCCGUUCAAGAGUUCAGUCGGGCUCUAAAAUCACCAGUAUCAUCAUCAAGAUUGUCAUCGAAGACGUCAUUAUCAUUUUCUAGAUCUGAAUCUAGAUCGCCAAUAAAAAGUCGUCCCAAAAUAAAGGAGCAACAAAUCCUGAAAAAAAAAUCUUUCCCGAGUUGCUAUUCAAGUACAUACGCGGCCCUUCAAAGAGUUAAAAUAGUUCUCUAUGUGGCCCUCACUGCAAAAAGUUUGCCCACCCCUGUUCUGGAUCAUAACUGGAUUAUCAUUAUCAUAACCUAG